AGUCUCGUAGCGUAGCUCGAGCUCGUGUCGUCUGUCCCAGUCCUGUCUCGUCUCGUCUCGUGUCGUGUAGCAGUUUGUAGUUGCAUGUUGCUUUGAUUGAGUAGGUUGCUCCCAGGCAAAAAAAACUCCUAAAAUAUUAUAAAUUAAUUGUAACUAUAAUCAUGUCCUACGGUUCUCCCAGGAAAAAGCAACGGACUGAGGCUCUGGAAACCAAAGUCUCAGUGAUUUUAGGGGCUCAAUGGGGCGACGAAGGAAAAGGCAAGGUGGUCGAUUUGCUUGCUACUAGUGCAGACAUCGUUUGCCGGUGCCAGGGUGGAAAUAAUGCAGGGCAUACAAUUGUCGUUGAUGGGGUUGAAUAUGACUUCCAUUUGUUGCCUAGCGGAAUUAUCCAGCCAAAUGUUAAAUCGGUUAUUGGUAAUGGAGUAGUAAUUCACUUGCCCCAACUUUUUGAUGAAAUCGAUAAAAACGUAAAGAAAGGCAUGAAGGAUUGGGAAAAACGACUCAUCAUUUCAGACCGGGCACACUUGGUAUUUGAUCUACACCAAGCAGUAGACGGUUUGCAGGAACAAGAAAACAACCAGAAAGGCCAGGGCUUGGGCACAACCAAAAAAGGCAUUGGGCCAACCUACUCGUCAAAAGCAACCAGAAAUGGAAUUCGCGUGGGUGAUCUUCUGGGUGAUUUUGGAAAAUUCACUGAAAAAUUCAAAGCUCUCGUGGCGAUGCACCAAAGAAUGUUCCCUAGCCUUAAAGUGGACAUAGAUGAAGAACUUGCCAGGUACGAGAAAUACGCAGGAAAAAUCAAACCUCUUGUAUAUGAUACCGUUUCGUUCUUGGACAAAGCCAUAAGGGAAGGCAAGAAGGUUUUGGUUGAAGGUGCAAAUGCUGCCAUGUUGGAUAUUGAUUUUGGUACAUAUCCUUAUGUGACUUCAUCAAAUUGUACAGUAGGAGGUGUUUGCACAGGCCUAGGAAUUUCUCCAAUGAAAAUUAACAAAGUUAUAGGAGUAGUUAAGGCCUAUACUACUAGAGUGGGCGAUGGUCCGUUUCCUACCGAAUUACUUAAUGAAAUUGGUGAUUUAAUGCAAGAACGAGGUGGCGAAAUUGGGGUGACAACCAAACGGAAACGACGUUGUGGUUGGUUGGACGUGUUCCUACUUCAGUAUACUAAUAAAGUUAAUGGAUACACAGCCCUUUGUGUUACUAAAUUGGAUAUAUUAGAUACUUUAAAAGAAAUUAAAAUUGCUGUUGGUUACAAGUUAAAUGGGAAAAAAAUUAACUAUAUGCCAUCAACAGCCACUGAUUUAGGCAAGGUUGAAUGUGAGUAUAUUACAAUGCCCGGAUGGUUGGAAAGCACAGAAAACGUGCGGGAGUUUAGCGACUUGCCCGAAAAUGCACAAAAGUACAUUAACAAAAUUGAAGAAGUUGUUGAUGUUCCUAUAAAAUGGAUUGGUGUUGGCAAAGGCCGUGAAUCCAUAAUUAAAAUCAAUUAGGACUAAUUUAGUUUUAAUUUAAUUUUUGUUAGCCAAGCCAAUAUUUUUUUUAAUGCAAAUGGAAUAACAGUAAAACUCGGUUAUCACGUACCAGAUGGGAUCUUGAAAAUUGAUAAAAACCAUAUAUGUAUAUAAUUACAUGCCACAGAUAAAAUAACAUAAUUUUAUUCCCUAUACUGAAAUAAAAACUAUUAAUUUUUUCAGUUUUCUCGUUUUAAAUAUCCGCACCCAGUAAUUUGAUACUUUUCAUCUGAAGCGUUCUAUGUAAUAGCAAACAAAAAAACGUUAUAGAAAAUAGUUUUCAAUAAAAUGCUUCAUCAGAUGGGCUUGUUUUUUUUCAGGAGUGAUUAAACUGUGGGUUAACUGUUGGUAGGGUACAUAAUAAUCGUAUACGUGUAUACGGUAUGAUCGAGUUUUACUGUAUAGUUAAAUUUCUGAUUUCAUAAUCAGCGCAAAAUUGUUUUUCUGUACGUUUAAUAUUUUAGGGUUUUAAACUGUUAUGUUCAAUAUUGAAAAAAAAAUUUAAAAAAAAUGCAACAGUGUAUGUUUCAAAACUAGGUGAGCUCCAAAAAGAGUCUCAAUAAUUUUGUUGUUUGUUCUAAUAGUAUUAUUAUUUAUCUGGUAAAGCUUUUAAGCAUAAUAAUGUUUCGAAUAUUUUUAAUAAAAGUAUCCCCAAGAUUAUCCGCAAUACUACUUACAUAAUUAAUUGUAUUUGAAAAAAAUAUAUUUGUUACCAAUUUGA